GUUGAGCGAAGUUCUCGUGUGCGUCUCAGUGCCGUGUCCGUUUCUUGAUCUUAACGCCAAGUCUUCUUCUGCAAAUAGCGUGCGCGCGCCGUAUCCCGUAUCGGAUACUGUUGAAGUGACCGAAGAAAGUGGUUGUGAAUUAAACCUUGAACAAAAAAACACACACACACGCUAAUUGGCUCGGCCCGGUGAUUGAUGAUCACGCAAUCGUGUCAGUGCGAAUAUAGUUAUUGCAAGUUUUUGAUGCUUUUUACUAACUAAGCUUUAGUGAGGAAAUAAGUUAAUCGGUAGAGAAAGUUUGUGACGCUGAGAGGUGUAAGCUCAGCAGCGAGACGAGAAGAAUUUUAUGUGAUACUCGGUGCAAAUAAAAGUUGCAAAAUUUCGACCUACAAAAUGCCGACGCUUCAACCGCGGAUAGGAUUUAGUAUCGACUCUAUAGUCGGGAACAGUACACCCAAAUCGCCGCCCUACGCAAUAACAAAAAUGGGCGGUCCACAGCGGUCACCGAGCCCGCAGUCGUACUCGGUUCGACUAAAUCGACUGCAGAGUCUUUCGCCGCCGCACAAUUACAGCAUCACAAGACUGCCAGAAUCUCCUCAGAGUAUCGAGUCCCAAACUCGCCUGGAAACGCUUACGACAACAAGUCCCGCACUGCAAUCUAGGCUAACUCCAGAUGAGCAUCUGUCAAGCAAAAGACCUCGCAGCCCAUCUCCACCGUCUUCCCCGUCGGGCCCAAUGUCUGUUCCAGUGACCGGCCCUGGACCAAUUGUUGUACCGGGACUCCCUGCAGGACUUAUCCGACCGUUCCCCGUCAGUCCGCCGCAACAACAACAACCACCACAAAAUCCGGACAUCAAAACUCUUCCACCGUUCAUGCAUACCCCCGAGAUGGUUCAAGCUGCCCACAAUCAACACUUCCUCGCCGCACAGUUCCAAGCUGCCGCCCUAGCACAUGCCCAAGCCGGACAACCCUUUCCACCACAUCCGGCCGCUGCUCAUCUGCACAAUCCAAAUCUUCCACCACGGGACAGCUACCCGCUCUAUCCGUGGCUGCUGAGUCGACACGGUCGUGGAGUGUUUCCAAUCGGAUUUCCAGGCAACUACCUCAUCCCGUUCCGUAAGUCCAAGCGCGUCCGGACAGCGUUCUCACCCUCGCAGCUGCUGAAACUGGAACAUGCCUUCGAGAGUAACCAUUACGUGGUCGGAGCGGAACGUAAACAGCUUGCCCAGAAUCUCAACCUCUCGGAAACUCAGGUUAAGGUGUGGUUCCAGAACCGGCGCACCAAGCACAAGCGCAUGCAGCAGGAGGAGGGAAAAUCGGGCGAAUCGAGCGACCAGAACCGUUCAACCUCGAGUCCGGCGUCCGGAAGCUGCCCGGAAGAUGACGAAGACGAGUUCAUCGAUAUGGACGAUUGCCCGAGCGACGAGGAGAAUAUGCACCACAAUGGGUGAAGCGGUGCCGCCCGGCAGCCGGAAUAAGUCAGAUAAAGAGCAGAUAUCGCAGGAGCGGAACAGAGAAAUCAGAGCCUCUACACAUGUAGAAUUGCUGUAUAAGCUGUGCCAAAUAGACUAGCUGAGAUGAUUGAUUACGAUGGUGCGUGCCCGGGGUAGCCGCUGGAGGGUCCUCCUAGUCGGGUGCUCAUCAUAACGAUGAUGAUAGCGAAAGUAUUAGUAAGGCGUUAGCACACAAGAGCUGCAGUGAUACCAGUGAUUGUUUCUAGCCGUUUAGAUUUUGUUUCCAACUUUACAUAGUAAGAAGAGAUUUUAUUUUGCUAGAUUAUUCCUUGCACCCGACGCUGGAGAUGCACAAAUUAUGCAAGAAACAAGCUAUUACAACCGUGUAGAUAGGAAAUCUGUAUUAAAUGUGUAUAUAAUGGAUACUUAAUAGCUAUUUAAUAACAGAGGCUUGAAUUGACUGUAAUUUAAUUUUAAUUCCACUCACUUCGAACAACGACGUUCCCGUAUUUUCAUUUGCGUUCUGUAGUAAGCUGACAUAUGAAGAUGGAUGUAGAUUUUAGUUUGUCGUAUAUGUGGCAUGUUAUAAUGAUAUAUACAUAAAAUGGUUUGUAAAGAGCAUAGUACAUUUAAUGUUCGCAUGAAGAUGAAAAGAACACUUUUAAUAGUAAAAUAAUAAACGCAGUAU